AUGUUAUCCGCUAAAAGUUCGAUCAGAUCGUUCGGUAAUAAGAUCCCUUCGUUGGUCCGUAACAACUCCAAUGCUACCGGUGCCGGUCCCGUCAUCGGUAUUGAUUUGGGUACCACCAACUCGGCCGUUGCGGUUAUGGAAGGUAAAGUUCCUAAGAUCAUUGAAAACUCCGAAGGUGGAAGAACCACUCCUUCCAUCGUUGCUUUCACCAAGGACGGUGAAAGAUUGGUGGGUAUUCCUGCCAAGAGACAAGCCGUGGUUAACCCAGAAAAUACUCUUUUCGCCACUAAGAGAUUGAUUGGUAGAAGAUUCGAAGACAAGGAAGUCCAAAGAGAUUUAAACCAAGUUCCUUACAAGAUUGUCAAGCACGAAAACGGUGACGCUUGGAUCGAGGCUAGAGGCGAGAAGUACUCUCCUCAACAAAUUGGGGGAUUCAUUUUGAACAAGAUGAAGGAAACCGCCGAGGGUAACUUGGGUAAGCCAGUCAAGAGUGCUGUGGUCACUUGUCCAGCUUACUUUAAUGACGCUCAAAGACAAGCCACCAAAGAUGCUGGUAAGAUUGUUGGUUUGAAUGUGUUAAGAGUUGUUAACGAACCAACUGCUGCUGCUUUGGCCUAUGGGUUGGAAAAGAAUGACGGUGAAGUUGUUGCUGUCUUUGACUUGGGUGGUGGUACUUUUGAUAUCUCUAUCUUGGACAUUGGUGCUGGUGUUUUCGAAGUCAAGUCCACCAACGGUGACACUCACUUGGGUGGUGAAGAUUUCGAUAUCGCUGUGGUCAGAAACAUUGUCGAAACUUUCAAGAAAGAAAACGGCAUUGAUUUACAAAAGGAUAGAAUGGCCAUCCAACGUAUCAGAGAAGCCGCUGAAAAAGCCAAGAUUGAAUUGUCUUCCACUGUGGCCACUGAAAUCAACUUGCCAUUUAUCACUGCUGAUGCCUCCGGACCAAAACAUAUCAACCAAAAGAUCACUAGAUCUCAAUUUGAAGCUUUGGUUGAGCCUUUGGUCAAGAGAACCAUCGAACCUUGUAAGAAGGCCUUGAAGGAUGCUGGUUUGUCCACUUCUGAAGUGUCUGAAGUUAUCUUGGUUGGUGGUAUGUCAAGAAUGCCAAAGGUUAUCGAAACCGUUAAGUCUAUCUUUGGUAAAGAGCCAUCCAAGGCUGUCAACCCAGAUGAAGCCGUUGCCAUGGGUGCUGCUAUCCAAGGUGGUAUUUUGGCCGGUGACGUUACUGACGUUGUGUUGUUGGAUGUUACUCCAUUGUCUUUGGGUAUUGAAACCAUGGGUGGUGUUUUCGCUAGAUUGAUCAACAGAAACACCACUAUUCCAGCCAAGAAGUCUCAAAUCUUCUCAACUGCCACUGCUGGUCAAACCUCUGUUGAAAUCAGAGUGUUCCAAGGUGAAAGAGAAUUGACCAGAGAUAACAAAUUGAUUGGUAACUUCACCUUGUCUGGUAUUCCACCAGCUCCAAAGGGUGUUCCUCAAAUUGAAGUCACCUUUGACAUUGACACUGAUGGUAUCAUCAAGGUUUCUGCCAGAGAUAAGGCUUCCAACAAGGAUGCUUCUAUCACCGUUGCUGGAUCUUCUGGUUUAUCGGACAAUGAAAUUGAACAGAUGGUUCAGGACGCUGAAAAAUACGCCGAAUCUGAUAAGGCUAGAAGAGAAUCUAUUGAAUCUGCCAACAGAGCCGACCAAUUGUGUAACGAUACCGAAUCCUCGUUGAACGAAUUUAAGGAAAAGAUUGAUACUGCUGAUGCUGACAAAUUGAGAACCUUAGUUGCUUCCUUAAGAGAAGUUGCUGUCAAGGCUCAAUCCGGUGAAGAAGUUGAAGCUUCUGAAUUGAAGACUAAGACUGAGGAAUUGCAAAACGAAUCUUUGAAGGUUUUCGAAAAAUUAUACAAACAAGAUGCUGAACAAAAGUCCGAUGAGAACAAAAACUAA